CAUGGCUGUCCCUGGGGCCCGGGCCCGCGGCUGGGCGGCAGCGGCCAAGGCGGCCCAGAGGCGCCCCCGUGUGGAGGACGCGGGAGCACCCCCGAGUCCCGAGCUGGCGAGUCGGCGCGCGGCCCUUUACGUGCACUGGCCGUACUGCGAGAAGCGCUGCAGUUACUGCAACUUCAACAAGUACAUCCCCCGCGGCGUGCAGGAGGCCGCUAUGCGGAACUGUCUGGUGACUGAGGCUCAGACGCUGCUGCAGCUCAGCGGGGUGCGGCGGGUGGAGUCUGUGUUCUUUGGUGGGGGGACCCCCAGUCUGGCCAGUCCCCAUACAGUGGCUGCUGUCCUGGAGGCGGUGGCCCGGACAGCCCACCUGCCUGCAGACUCGGAAGUCACACUGGAGGCUAAUCCCACUUCAGCCUCAGGCUCCAGGCUGGCAGCAUUCGGCGCAGCGGGGGUGAACAGGUUGUCCAUUGGCCUCCAGUCCCUAGAUGACAGUGAGCUCCAGCUGCUGGGACGGACACACUCGGCUAAUGAUGCUCUGCGGACCCUGGCAGAGGCCCGGCGCCUCUUCCCUGGGCGCGUGUCUGUGGACCUGAUGCUGGGACUGCCGGCACAGAGGGUGGGACCGUGGAUCGGGCAGCUGCAGGAACUGCUGCACCACUGUGACGACCACCUCUCCCUUUACCAGCUGUCCCUGGAACGGGGCACCACACUCUUCACCCAGGUGCGGCAGGGUGCUCUUCCUGCCCCUGACCCGGAGCUCGCUGCUGAGAUGUACCAAAAGGGUCGGGCAGUCCUUCGGGAGGCUGGCUUCCGCCAGUAUGAGGUUUCCAACUUUGCCCGGAAUGGGGCACUGAGUACCCACAAUUGGACUUAUUGGCAGUGCGGUCAGUACCUUGGUGUUGGGCCUGGGGCCCAUGGGCGAUUUAUGCUCCAGGGAACAGGGAGCCACACCCGGGAAGCUCGGAUCCAGACACUGGAGCCUGACAACUGGAUGAAGGAGGUCAUGCUCUCUGGUCACGGCACCCGGAAGCGCGUCCCUCUGGGCAAGCUGGAGCUGCUAGAGGAAGUUUUGGCCAUGGGGCUACGUACCGAUGUGGGGAUCACUCACCAGCAUUGGCAGCAGUUUGAGCCCCAGCUGACCUUGAACGAUGUGUUUGGAGCAAGCGAGGAGGUGAAGUUGCUACUAGAGCAGGGCCUAUUGCUGCUGGAUGACAGGGGUCUCCGGUGUUCCUGGGAGGGUCUGGCUGUGCUGGACUCUCUGUUGCUGACCCUCCUGCCUCGACUUCAAGAGGCCUGGCAGCAGGGAACUCCCUCCCCUGUGCCAGGAGGAUGACCAGAUGUUCCUGUAUCCCAGGGCAAUGCCAGGUGGGCUUUGAGGGCUGGGCCAGCACUGCAGACAUCUCUGCUGGUGGAUGCUGUCUCUGCUCCGGGUGGUCAUUGCCCGGCCCUGGCAUCGCCAGGGGAAUGGUGGCAGUGAGGUGAAUGGGAGUACAUUUCUGGUCUGGGAACUGGCCUCCCAUCCAGCAUCUCAGGAUUCAGACCAGCGUGUGCUCUGUGGCUGGGAUUGCUCACCAUGCACAUGAGCUACUGUUUGCCUUUUUUGGUACCAAUUUAGGAACGGUGUUUGGAAGGGAAUCACCUCCCCAAGAGAAGCCUUCCUCACUCUGCAGUGAGGUCCUGAGACAGCUGUAUGAGUCAGGAAAACCAAAUCCCCUCUAGGUUUUAAGCAGGAAGGGAUUUAAUAUAGGAAUGAGAUAUUUACAAAACCAUUGAAAGGGGUGACAGAGUGAAAGUUGGAGAAAGCCACCACCAACUCUCAGGAAAUCAGAAAGUUGCGGAGGCACAGGAAACUCCUGCUGCCAGCAGCACAAAAGCAGAUGAUUUACAGGAAAAUGCCCAGAAGAUGCUGCAAAACCUUGCUUGCUGUUUUGCCAAAGUCCACAAGUCUGUGCACCACUGCUAGAGGAGUGAUGGUUUCUGCUAGUGCCUCUCAGUGCACCCUAAUGCAGAUCCCAGCUGCCAGGAGAUUCUGAGCAAUAUAGUUCUCAGGCUUCCAGCCUCUGCAAUACAGGAGAGAACACAGAAAGACUGAUGAACGCUGGUGGAGCUACGUCUGUACCCAGCACAGCGGCCUGCUGGACUCUGAGAACAGUGAGAAAGACAGAGCAAGCUUCGCCCCUUCUCUUCUGGCAAUCAGGAUAUGUUUGGGGUGGCAGGAGCCACACAGACUUUCCUGAGUUCCUUCUACCUGUGAGUGAGGUGGGUGGAGCUAACCAGGGAAUGGGGAGGGGAGAAGAAUUCAGGAAAGACCCAGAGCAUUUGUAUUUCCCCUUUGUCCUUUUAUCUGCAGAAAUGGUCACAUGGUUCUAUUUAAAUAGCCUAAUAAACCCAUCUGGAGCUUUC